UGUGUGUGUAGUCAUCUCAAAAGUGUCAAACGUUUAUUAAAUUAUUGGCGAAAUAUUCAACGGUCUCCGUUUUUAUGAAAUAUAUCACUAAAACAAUAAAGAUUCAUUAAGCGUUGGCAUGUUCGGCACUCUGCAAAAUUAUCUUAGCGGUGUGCAGCGCGCCUGGUCUGCGGCAGAUGGCGAAACAUUGGCAUCUUUUAUUUCACUCAAAGACAAACAUAUAAUGAAUCGUAAUUUAUAUGUCGAGUGUCCAGAGAAUACAGUGGAGCGUAUGCUGGAUCCGCCUAUUGAUGAAAUUGUCUGCGUUCAUCUGAAAGUGCUGUAUUACUUAGGUUUGGAAACACGGGACUUCAUGCAAGCAUAUCGCCAACAAUCACAAUGCAUCCAGUCCGUAGUGAAAAUGUUGCAACAGCUGAAGGAAGAGAACUGGUGUCUGCCUAUUAUGUACACAACCUGCUUGGAUUUACGUAUACUAGCGCAGAAGUGUGAAGAACUUGGCAGCAGUAACAAGCCAGGUGAAAUUCUUGAAAAGGCUGCCGACUGCCUUAUGAGCUGCUUCCGUGUAUGCGCGGCCGAUAAUAGAUCUUCCGAUGAUGACACCAAACGCCUUGGCAUGCUCAAUCUUGUUAAUCAGUUAUUCAAAGUUUACUUUCGCAUCAACAAAUUGCAUUUGUGUAAGCCAUUGAUACGCGCCAUCGAUAGCAGCACCUUCAAAGAAUCCUUUCCAUUGCCAGAACAGAUUACGUAUAAAUAUUUUGUAGGACGAAAAGCAAUGUUUGACUCGGACUACAAGAGCGCUGAUGAAUUUCUCUCAUUUGCGUUGCGCAACUGCCCACGCAAUUUUCCACGCAACAAGCGGCUAAUACUGAUCUACUUAGUGCCGGUAAAAAUGCUACUUGGCUAUUUGCCCAAGAAGCAUAACCUCGAACGUUUUGACCUACUACAGUUUCAUGAACUUGCUGUGGCGCUUAAAGAGGGCAAUGUUCGCAAGUUCGACGAAGUUAUACAGCGUCAUGAGAUAUUCUUUAUCAAAUGUGGCAUUUAUUUGCUGGUUGAAAAAUUGAAGUUCAUUGUUUAUCGCAAUCUCUUCAAGCGUGUAUAUAUAAUUAAGCAGACACAUCAAUUGGAUUUGCGCGCAUUUCAGGCGGCAUUGCAGUUUGUUGGCGAAACAGACAUGAGCAUCGAUGAAACGCAUUGCAUAGUGGCAAAUUUAAUUUUUGAGGGUAAAAUCAAGGGAUACAUAUCGUACAGUCACAAUAAGCUGGUGGUGUCGAAGCAGAAUCCAUUUCCACCACUCAAUACAGUUUCCUAGGAGCGGCUGAUGUGUGGCGCAGAGCCUCACGCACCAGGAUCUUUAAGUUAUUUAUAAAUCAAUUGUAUACCAAAAACUAUGGUACGCUAUUCGAAUGUAUUUUAUUGUAUUAAAUGUUAGAUAUACAUCGAAUUCCGCUAAUAGAACUUCUGAACUGAUAAUUAUGGCAUAUGUAUAACUGUAAGAAAGAAAGAAAAAAAGCAAAUAAAUAAGAUUAGCUAUUUCUUACUGCAGAAAUGCGAUAACGUAUAAUGAAAUAUCCAA